AUUACGACCGCCAUCGUUUUUCGUUUUCGUGUUUUGUGUUAUCAAACAGUGAAAUAUAAUUCUAAGUUGAACUGGUUUUAAACAUGGCCAUUGUGGAGGAUGAAGUAAGAAAUGGUUCUGAAGAAGAAAAUGAGAUCGAAGUAGUGGUUGAGGAAGACGACGGAGACCAGGAUUCGGAUGAUUCAGACGAUGAUGACGAUGAUGAAGCAGCCAUUGAGAAAAAGGUUGCAGACUUAGUGCUACGCAUAGCUGAUGAUCCAUAUAACUACAAUGAUCAUAUUGAUCUUAUUCAAGCACUUUGGAGUCUAUCGGAGCUUGAUCGCUGGCGUUCAGCAUUUGACCGUCUACAAAAGUUGUCACUGCUUCGAGCAGAGCAUUGGCUGUUGCGACUGCAGACUGAGGAAACUCUGGCCCAUACGCCUCAGUCGCGCGAGCAUAUCGCCAAUUUGUUUCAGCAGGCGACAAUAGAUUGCUAUUCCAUUCCAAUCUUGAGUGAAUGGUGCUCGUGGUCUAUGACCGCUGGCGAGGCGAUCUCUGCUCGCGAACAGCUGGACGAAGUUCUGAGUCGCGCCGGCGCUGAUCCGCUCUCGGGAAAAAUAUUCUGGGACGCGAAACUUGAGCUGGAGAAGGCGAAGUUGGAGACAAUGAAUGAAGAGCACCCGAGCUAUAAAGAGCAAAAGAAACGUGUACUUUGGUGCCUAGAAGAAGCAGUGUCGAGGCCUUUGCUACGCAGUGAAGAAGCGUGGCCUCAGUUACAAGAACUGGCAGUUACAAUGUACGAUCAGGAAUAUGUUGAUAAGGUAAAAAAACAACACGAUGCUGCGUUAGAAUACUUACAGAAAAUAUCACCAUUUGAAGAUAGACUGUUGACAACUGAAGAUGCUGAAGAGAAAUGUAAAGUUUAUCAGGAGUACAUUGAUACUGUGAAGGAAUUGUCCCACGAGGAUAAAUAUUCCGAAUGUGAUAGUAGAGGUAUACUUAAGGUACUAUACGAUCGCGCUACAACAGAGUGUCUGUCAUGCGAGGCCUCACAUGGGUUGCUGCUAGCGUUUGUACGGCACGUACGCAACACCUCAUCUCGCGCCACCAUACAUCGGGUGCUGGAACUAUGCGCGCGGCGAUGUCCGCGUAAAGCCACGUUCUGGAUACUAAAGAUGCAGCAAGCUGAGCAUGAAAACAAGGGGAUCGAUGAGGUGAAAUCGAUAUUCGAGAGUGCUCUAUCAAAAGGCAUGGAUUCUUAUAAGCAAGCGGAGGCUUUAUGGCUUAGCUACUUGGAGCAGUCCCGAAGACGCACCGAUUUUGCUACUCAGGAUCACGUGGACCGACUGCGACGCACAUUCAGGCUUGCUUGGGACUCGCUGGCUGAGGCCUGGGGAGAUGAAGCCAAUGACAGCGAAAUACCUUUAUUUUGGGCUCGGCUCGAAUAUAAGAGAAUAAAAGAUCCAGCGCAAGGAAAGGAAAUAUUUGAGGAGAUUUUUAAAUACGGAGAGAACAAAACCCUUUCAAAAUAUUGGGAGGCUUUAAUAAACUUGGAACGUACAAGGGACCCUCCCGCGCCCGAACGUAAGUUGCGCGAUCUUCACAAGAGGGCGUUGCGAUGCGUCAACGACUAUCCGCCAGCAGUUGCGCGACUGUGGACCGACUACGAGCGGGACUUCGGCCAGUUGGCGACUGGGGUCGAGUGUGCAGAGUUGUGUGAGGAGAAACUUCAGAAAUGGCGCGAAAGUUAUCAAGCUAUGAAAGACAAAAUGAUUGGUCAGAAAAAGAAGGGCAAACAGAUUCCCAACAAGAAACCCAAAGUUGACAAUAAAAAGAAAAAAGAUGAAAAGACAAACAAGGGGAAAAGGAAGUCUGAUGACAGUUCGGAAAACACAGAAGUGAAGAGGAAAAAGGAUGCUGAUAUGGAAGUGGACGUGCCAGAUGAGGAGGGAGAUACUGGAGGCGGGGUUAAGAGAUCACAUGAUGAGGAUGAAGGAGGAAAAACAGAAAAUAAAAGACAGAGAAGGGACAGCUCAACGGAGACAGGUGGCAGUGGGAGGGAGGCUUGCACUCUCUUUGUUAGCAAUUUGGAGUUCAAAGUAAACGAGCAAAAUUUAAGGAACAAAUUAUCUGAGUACGGCGAUAUAGUCUCGAUGCGAGUGAGGGCUGGUGUUAAAGCAUUCGGUGGAUCCAUCUGCUACUGCCAAUACAAGUCACCGGAAUCAGUAGACAAAGCGGUAGAACACGACAGAACGCCGCUGGACGGCCGCCCGAUGUUCCUCUCACGGUACUCAGCUACGAAGUCAAAGCCCACGUUCAAGUAUGCGAUGACCACGGAGCGUAACAAACUGUUUGUGCGGAACCUCCCGUACUCGCAUUGCACCAAAGAGGCUUUAACUGAGAUAUUCGAAAAGUUCGGGAAACUCAAGGACGUUCGGGUUGUUACUUUCAAAGACGGCAAACCAAAAGGGUUAGCAUAUAUAGACUACGAGGAAGAGAAACCAGCUUCGGAAGCUCUAGAUAAGACCAACGGGCUGUUGGUAGGCGACAGGAAGAUAGAAGUAGCGGUCAGCGCACCUCCGCCAAAGCAGGAGGCAAGCACGAGCGUCUCGUUAGGGCUACCGAAGAGAGAUGUCGCAGGGGGAAUGAGAAGAACGCAACUCAGCAGUUUCAUCCCAAGGGUGCUGCAAACGGCGACAACUAGUACGUCCACCUCUAAAUCCACCUCCAACGGUAGUAGCCAUGAAAACGGUGCUGAAAAACGACCGCUCAGCAAUACCGACUUUAGAAAUAUGUUGCUAAAUAAAUAAGUGUAUCAAAACAAUAGUCGUAAGUUAAUAAUUAUUAUUCGUGAAUGAAUAAACUGUUACAUGUAAGAGGCAUUUCUCGUGUCUCGAUUGUUAGCCGUUUUACUUUUAACGGAGAAUGCUGUAUGAACAACAAUAAAGACCGAGGACAAAUUUAUAAUA